AUGCCGAAGCUGGACAAGAACGGCAAGAAGGUGGCCCGGCGGGGCGAGCGGCGGGGCGAGCGACGGGGCAGCGGUGAUAGCCGGCGUAGCGGCGACCAGCGCGGCAGGAGCGGAAGCACGCGCCGCCGGCCUGACGACGGGGGGGUGGGCGACGGCGGCGGCGGCGGCGGCACCGUUUCGAGCUCCGGGUCCGAGGGAGACAUCGGGAAUCCGAGCCGCGAGGGAGUGACUCCGGCGAGGUCCCGCCGCUCUUCGAGGAGUCUAUCGGGCACGACUCCGGCGAGACAUCGGUCGUCUCGGAGCAUCACCAGCAUCGGCAGCGGGGGGACCGCGGGGGGGCGCGCGCCGCCCUUGCCGCGGGGGACAGCCAGGGAUAGGCACUCGACCCCGGCGAGGGAGAGGGAGGGCCGCGCGACGAGCGGAGGAGGCGUCGACGGGUCUUCCCGCGGCUCGCGGUCCUCCGCGCCUUCCGGGAACAGCAGCGACGACGGCAAGGGGGCGGACGGCGGCGGCGGCGACGCGCGUGGGGACGGCACCACGAGCAGACGGGGCGCCGACGGGCGGCGGGAGACGAAGUCGCGGUCUGAUCGGCGGCAACCCGCGCAGUCGUCUUCCGGUACCCCGAGCAGGGAGAGCAAGAAGAACGGGUCCAAGAAGUCGGGCGGGAGCGCGAGUGGGAGCACGAAGGGGGGGAGCAGCAGCGCCGGCGGCGCCGGCGGGAAGCAGAACAUGUCCAGCCUGAUGUCCAGCCUGAUGGUCGCGCCUCUCUCGCGGCCCAUCCCGACGGAGUCGAUCGGCUACCUCUAUGGAGAGAACGGAGAGGACUCUCACUCGUCAACACCGCAACCCUCGCCGUCCCCACCCCCGGUCCCGCCGGCACCGUCUCGCUCGGAAAGAUCGAAGCGAAGGGGGCUGGAGGCCGGGGGGGCUUCGCCUCGACACGGGUACGAUAACAGCAACUCGCGGUCGUCUCGCAACGACAAUCCUUCUGAAGAUCCGGCGGCGGCGAUGGUAGCCUACGGCGGCAGCGGCUCCCUCGACGUCUCGGGCGGUCAGUCCUCGCGACAUCGUCGGGACAAGCGGAGCGGGUCAGCAGCUCCGCCGCCGGAGUCACCAUCCCCGGCGGCGGUGGCAGCAGCAUCAGCAUCCCCCCGCAGGGAAGGGACGAGGGUCAAGGACCACGAGAGGCGGCACUCGAGCACGGCCGUCAGCGACCUGGACAGGUCGACGUCCAAGGGGAGGUCGGCUCGCCGAGCAGCAGCGGCGAAUGCGGCGGCGGCGGCGGCGGUGGCGGCGCUCGACGAAGAGGAGGCCGAGGCUGCGGCAGCGGCGGAAGCUGCGGCAGCGGCGGCGGCGGCGGCAGCAGCCUCCUCCUCCUCCCCCUCCUCCUUCGUUACCAAGAAGGCGGCAGCAGAGCCGUCGUCUAGGGGCGGCAACGCCAUCGCUGUGGAUAACAAGGGCCAGCAGUUGUCGUCUUCCCGACGAGUGCUGUCUCCUGCUGGCGAAGCCGCCGCCGCCAUCGUCGCCGCCGAAGGCGGCCUCGUACCGGAGUGGGAGUGGCCUCCCGAGGGCGCGGGCGCGCCUGUGGCUUCGCCGAGGACGGAGCUUGACGCCGGCGGCGACGUUGCCGUUGGCGGCGGCGGCGGCGAUGUCACCGUCGGCACGGGGGCGCAACAACAACCACCAGCAAUGUUGGAGGCCGCUGCUGUCGGCGACGUUUCUCCUGCGGAGCCCUCCCCCGAGCCGUCUCCCGCCCCGCGACAGGUUACUCCCGAGAAGGUUGCGAUCAUCCCCACCGGGAGGGUGGCCAGCAUGGCGGCCAGCACCAACAAGAAGGUGCGGGAGGGCAGUAAGAACACGUACGCGAGAGAGAAGGCGGUCGCCGCCGCCGAGGCGCAGGAGGAGGAGGAGGAGGGGGAGGAGGGGGGGGUGGGAGGGGGUGGCGCCUGGGGCUCCGCGGACAGGAAGGCGCGUGCGGCCGCCAUGCAGUCGGGCACGAUCGUGGCGGCGCAGGCGGCGGCGAAGUCGGCGGCGGCGCUGUGGUUGCAGCGAGAGGCCGAGUUGAAGGCCAAGGACGCUGUGGCGGCGAAGGUGGCUCGACGGGAGGCAGACGCCAAGGCCCAGGAGGCCGUCAAAGCCUUGGACAGAGCCAAGGCGGCGGCAGCCCAGGAAGAUGGAAGGGGGGCGUCGGAGAACGACGAGCCGCGGGUGCUGUACCGGAGGGAGAGGGGAGAUAGCUCGGAGUCCGCCGAGAUGCUGUCCGAGGAGGUGGAGGAGGAAGAGGAUGAGGAUGAGGACGAGGAUGAGGAGAGGAUGGUGCCGCAAUCGAGCGGGGACGACUACGCGGAGACGCUCCUGGCGGAGCACGCGGCGGCGGUGUUGCUCGAGAAGGCCGGGGGGAAGCAACAGGCGUUCGCCAUGCACAGGGCGGUGUUCGACAACGACGUGGACUACCUGGAGGUCUUGUUAGACGAUGCGGUGGCAGCACAGGAGGAAGAGAGGGAUGCCAGGAGAGGCACCUCGCUGGAUGGGAUACCGCCGAAAACUGGAAAGGCUAAGGCUACUGGAAGAUGA